UCUAUUUUAUUGUUCAAUCAAAACCCUCCCUUUUUUCUUCAAUUAUAUUCAUGCCUAGCGCAACAUAUAAUAAAACAUGCAAUUUGCAUUCAUCUGUUCAUAUUGCAGUCAUUGAAUCCAACAUUCAAGUAUCUGGUUAUACUUGCACUGUAUUUCAUAUCAUGUUGGAGGAUCCCAUACAUCAUUUUUCACUUGUUCGUUUUAUUCAGGAUUUUUAUGAGCUUGAUAAACUGCUGCUACUUCAUUUUCCCAACCAUCGGGUUCCAUUACCGAAACUAGAGCAUGUAGGGAAGAAAAAGAAUCUGUUUGCUAGCCUAAAGAAAAAGAUGAAGACAAGCGCCCGGCGGAUAGAAAACUAUUUGCGCCAUUCACUGUCGACGCCGAUUGGUAAGACUUCCCUUUUUCGUGAUUUUCUGUCUGCCCAACGAGAUGAAGACCGUGUCAUUUCAAAAACCAUUGUGCGUCAAAUGGUGACACAGCACCAUCCAGUUACACAAAACACAUCACCAAGUUUACCACCUUCUCCUCCACCUUCUUCUAAUCCAUGUUGUGAUAGUAUUCUAAAAGACUUUGAAGAUGAAUCACUGAUGCUUGAGCCUGAAUUAAGUGAAGAAGAAGACUUGAUGUGUUCUUCUAUCUUGGGCAAACAACAAAGCUAUGAUCGAAUGGAUGACUUUGAAUUAAUCAAAGUACUUGGAAAAGGUGCCACUGGAAAGGUCAUCUUAGUAAGAGAGCAACAGUCUCACAAGCUAUUUGCACUAAAGUCAAUUACGAAAUCAUGGAGCAUUACGCGCAGAGAAGUGGAGCACAUUCGCAUGGAGCGAGACAUUUUGGUGGCAUUAUCAGCCAUACGCCAUCCUUUUCUCAUACGCUUACAUGCUGCUUUUCAAGACAGACAAAACCUUUAUUUAGUACUGGACUAUCAUGCCGGCGCUGACUUGGCCACGCUCUUACAACGCUAUAUAUGCUUCCAUCCUGAGCAAUGUCGUCUCUACGCUGCUGAAAUCGUCAUGGGACUUCAAGAACUUCAUCGAAACAACAUUCUCUACCGAGACCUGAAGCCUGAAAAUGUCUUGUUGGCUGCUGAUGGCCAUCUUGUCCUGACUGAUUUUGGUCUUUCCAAGCUCUUUAAGGGCAGCGAUCGCUAUGACCAUCGCACAACUACUUUCUGUGGUACACCUGAAUACUUGGCACCCGAGAUUAUCUUGCAGGAUGAAGAGUAUUCUUAUGCUGCAGAUUUCUGGAGUUUGGGUACCAUGCUGUAUGAAAUGUUAACAGGUGUGACGCCAUUUGCUGCUGAAACACCUGAAGACAUGUAUGAUCGUGUGCUUUAUGAUGACCUGACAUUUCCUGCUCGAUUUGAUCCUGAAGCCAUGGAUUUGAUUGCAGGAUUAUUAGAACGUGACCCUCUUGAACGCUUAGGUGCUGGCAUCGGUGGCGUUUUUGAGUUGCGUACACAUGCUUAUUUUGCUCGCCAUUUGAACUGGAAAGACGUGCAUGCAAAGCGUAUUCAGCCCCUCUAUGUUCCUUCAAGGACAAGCGAGACUGACCUUAGUAAUUUUGAUCCUGACUUUCUAGAAAUGUCAACUCAUAUCAAGGAAGAAAAUGACGAAGCCAUCUUGUUAAGACAGCGCUGGUUGCCUGAAAGUUGUCCCUUGGGCUUGACUGAGCAUGCGUUUCGGGGCUAUUCUUAUAUUGAACCCGACGAAUUACGUGACAUUCCAUAUGGGUCGGAAAUUUCGUUCUUUAGCAGUGAUUAUUGUUAUGAAGAUUAUGAAGAUGAAGAAGACAGUCAAUACUCUUCACCACUUAAUACAGCAAGUGUAGCCACUUCUACGUCUUCACUUGAACAAAAGAAACUAAGGAACAAGCAAUCUAUGCCUAUGAUGAAUACUGCUUGCUUCAAUCAAAGUAUUAGAAAUUCUCUUAUUAUCAACAAAGAGGAAGAUCCUUCUGCUUGGAGGUCAUGAUGUGCAUACCAUCAUACUUAGGAAUGUCUUGCCAUUUUUUGAAAGCAGGGGAAAAAAUUGUAUGCUUUCCAUCCUUGAAUAAGCUCUCCAAAGCAUCAUAGAUUCGUAUUAUAAACCGUGUAGAAUAAAAGCU